AUGUCUGCCGAAGCUGUUGCUGCUGCUCCAAUCGCCGAAGAAGCCACCCCAGUCGUCUACUACAGCAUUGAGUCUAACGACAGAGUGGUCUUGAAAAUCAGCGAGCAAGCCAUCAAACAAUCUGCAACUCUCUCGAACUCCAUCACCAACCUCGGAUACAGCGCUGAGAACGCCGAGUCAAUGGUCCCGAUUCCAAUCGAGAAGGUCAAUGGGAAAACUUUGAAGCUGGUUGUUGAAUGGUGCGAGCAUCACAAGGCCGACCCGGUUCCAGAAGCCUAUCCAUCUGGUAACACAGUCCUUCCAGUGUGGGAUCGCAAGUUCGUGGACAUUGAGCACGACGCCCUAACCGAUUUGGUGAACGCCUCGAACUUCCUCGAAGUCAUGACACUUUUGACUUAUUGCUGCAAGUUCAUCGCGGGUUUGGCAAAAGGAAUGUCGCCGGAAGAGAUGAGAGUGUUUUUCUGCAUUCCGACGGAUGAGGAGGAUGAGAAAGCGGAGAGGUUUGGCAAGGAGAAGACCGAGGCAUCUGCAACUUCUGCUGAUACAACUGCAUGA